GUUCACCUGCAGGUGGGAAGGAAUGAAGAUGUUCAGAUUAAGAGGGUCUUUCAUUUUUUCUCAUCUUUCAUGCUGAUCCUGCCCAGCUGAAUCUUCUCUGACAAUGGAAAAACUAAAGAUUUAGUUCAGAAUUGGUGUUUCUAUAAUUAUUUAGCAUGGCUGUGAGGCAAAGAUUAGAGAGGGGAAAUAAUAAAAUGCAACAUUGCCAAACUGGUUUAAUUAUUGAACAUUUUGAUUUUUACCAUUUCAGGAGAGAGAAGUGGUUCAUUAAAACAUUGGCUCAGUAUUCUUCAUUGUAUUUCUCCUUUCUCAACAGUCCCAAGAAUGGCCUUGAGCUUUCCCUCUCCAAUACUACUGACCAAGAGAACAUCCUUGUCUUAGGAAAAGUUAUGAAGAUACCAGUAGAGCACAUUAGGAGGCUGAAAGAGAAACAUCAGCUGCCCGGGGGCGUUAAAAUGAGUGACAAUGCUACUCUGGCUGCUCCAGCUUCAAAUCAGGGUCCUACCACCCCACGCAAAGGCCCUCCCAAGUUCAAGCAGAGGCAGACUCGCCAAUUCAAGAGUAAACCUCCAAAGAAAGGUGUGAAAGGAUUUGGAGAUGACAUUCCAGGAAUGGAGGGGCUAGGAACAGAUAUCACAGUGAUUUGUCCGUGGGAGGCAUUCAGCCACCUGGAAUUGCAUGAGCUCGCUCAGUUUGGGAUUAUUUGAAGUGCCAGAGGUUCUGCCACUCUCAAUGAUAUCUGCUGUAAUUUUGGUUGCUUUUGCCCUGUUGAUCUGCUGGAAUCUUGAAAUUCAGCUGAUUGGAAGUGGUUUCUUUGACUUUCAAGGUCAUUUCCUAUCAGUUACUACUAAGAGUUCUCUUACUGUCAGAAUCUCUCUUGCAGUACAGCUCAAAAUAGUGGAUGCAUUUCAAACUUGACCACCUUUUCCUACCAGCUAGUUAGAAGUCAUCAAUAUUUCUCUACGUUUUCUUUAUGUGUAAGUCCUUUAAAUCUAUUUUUGCUAGGCAUUCAUUAUGAUUAAUAGUAGACUUUUAAGACAACAUUUAUGUCACUCCCCACCUCCUCUUAUUUAAUAAAGGAGAUAUUUACCUUGAAUGUUGGUGAAGUUAUAUUAAAUGCUACAUGGAAAUAUCUGAUGCUGUGUUCUGACAACCAGUUAAACAAAGAAGGCACAGUCAUACAGGAAAUAAGUGCAGUGCUUACAAAACAGCAUAGGAUUAAGAUUUGAAUUCUGUACGUUUGUAAAUUGUAUACUUUCUGGGUCUAAAUUUUAUUGAACUAGGUUAUUCCAGAAGUCUCAUGCAGCUCUAAGUUGUAUAGUUCUAAGUUGGUGAGGAACUGAGAUUUAAACUCAGAAUUCUGACAAUGUGAGCCUUCUUUUUGGUACUCUGAGGAAGGUUUCCUUCCACAGCAUCCCUUCAUUGAAAUUAUUUUGUCCAAAGACUUAAAAUGGGAGUCACAGGAGUUACAUACAUUGACUGCUUUGUGCACAUCUGUAGUAAAUCUAACCUUUAAAUUGUCAAUUGAAAAGAUUUAUAUGCUAUAAGGUUUAGACUCAUAUGCAAAGUAUGGGCAGUUGACCCUCUAAAUAAAAUGAUGGUUUGCCUCA